AUGGGGCAGAGGCACCAAAUAUUUCUUGUUGCCCGUGUAGUUGCGCACGGAGAGAACGCCGCGCGCUAUCGAUGCGUCGGUGCAUACCAUCAUCAGUGGUGUUAUGGAAGGCUUCCUCUUAUGGGAGCACGUCGCUUCAUCACUCUGCUCAAACAAAAAGACAAUGCCAAAAUCGUCAAAGCAGAAAUCGACGCGAUCCAGGGUCAAUAUGGUAAAGAAAACUUGCCGAGAAACGUGGACUACGUUCCCUGCCCUUAUUCCUUGUUUCUUGUUUCGUCAGCUUUCUGCAUUGACUUGGAGAACAACUAUGCUAGUGGUGUCACCUUCCAGCAUGCCAUUUUGGAUGCGAGAAUGGGCAGUUUCGAUGGAGACAAUAACGAUGGCAUAACCGUUUUUGAUAUUACCGAUCCAACUAACCCAGCGUAUUGUCAUGUGAGGAGUAGGCGCAAGGGCCCACUUUCUGGAGAGGAAUACGUGCGAGCAUACUACAGCCAACACACUGAGCUCCCCCAAAAUCCCCAAGCCCUUGCAGAAGAACUCGAUGUGCGGGCCAAGAUCGAUGCUCUACGCGGUGAACGCCUGAUGACGAUCAAUGUCCUCGCAGAGGCAUGGCCAGAAGAAUAUCAGGCUGAAAAUGCACAGCCUAUGGACGAAGAGCAGAAACCUCGUCAACCCCUUCCGACGCUUGUUGAACUGACCCUGGGGCCGGCCGUCGAGCAUGGUCUCAAGACUGGCGAGCUUGAAAUGCUACAAGACAUGGUCUGGCAUCCGGGGAAGGCUGGCGCUAUGUGGCCCGUUCUCCAGCAACAAAAUCCAUUCCCUGAAGUGGGCAUGCCCCUUCUAAUCGAAGUCGUUCAACAGCAGGUACCAACGACUGCGACAGAGCUUGACUUGUCCGGAUUCUCCCUAUCCAACCAGCAAAUUUUGACCGUCUUAGAGCAGAGCAAAAUUGAUGACCUUCAACUCCUUGAUCUUUCACACAACCCCAAUAUUUCUGUCGAUGUUAUCCGUCUUGUUCUUGGUCAAUAUCCUAACCUUCGACGCCUUAUUCUUCUUGGUACCUCUAUCGCCAACCACGAUUUGAGUCAGAUGUUGUCUGCUGAGCCGGCGCUGUUUCGUUCGAGCCUCCAAGAGCUUGUGCAUCCUCUGCUGUUUGCUAUAGACGGCGAAUCCAAUUAUCCAAGCGCGUUUGUCUAUGUCGGCCUUCACGACCACAAUUUAGUGAAGGCGUCGUUACCGAUUUUCUCGCCCUCCGCUGUCGUCCAAAACAUCACCGACAUGAUGUCCGUACUUGCAGACAGCGACUCUUUCUAUUUCCAAAUGAACGGGUGGGUUGCACAGGCAGCAUUUUCGUCUAGUUAUCGCCAAGAAGGACUCCCGUGGGGCGAGCGUCGCAUCUCCUGUUUGCCUUCAUUCCACUCGAAGUUGCCUCAAGAUCCCAAAGUCCGAACAUGGAUUUUCGCGCUGCAGUGGUCUCUAUAUCAGGAAGCCAAAUACGCUUUUUUGUCGCGUGACGGAGCAGACGGUCCCUUGACGCCAUACGACCUCAGAGGGUUCCUCGCAGCGAUGGAACAGGAAGGCCGGGCACGUGUUGCUGAAGCUAGUGUCAAAAAGCUGGAGGAAAUCUUCGUUCGUCUCAAAGACCGUGCGAAACACUUGAUGGAUGAAGCUUCAGUGGCCUUUGUCAGCAAGGGUCUUGCAUCGACCCGCUCGUAUGGGUAUCCGUGA